AUGACCACAGUUGACCUCGGCACCGUAUUCAAAGGAAGCCCAAGCGGCAGACUCAUUGAGACCAAGGGAGGUUCGCGCACACUUCGUGCGAACGAUGUCGUGAUCGACAUUGCGUACUCGGGUGUGUGUGGUACCGAUCUGCAUUAUCGUAAGGCCGACAUGGUUUUGGGUCAUGAAGGUGUCGGUGUUGUUUCGCAGGUCGGCCCAGAGGUCAAGGCAGUGAAGGUCGGUGAUCGUGUCGGAUGGGGCUACAACCACAAGUCUUGUGGAUACUGUAACGAAUGCUGGGAUGGCUUCGACACACUUUGCCCUGAGCGUACUAUGUACGGUGUCGCUGACUUGGACAUCGGUAGUUUCGGCGAUCGUGCUGUGAUUGAUGCUGACUAUGUGCACAAGAUCCCUGACGCAAUCGAUCUGCGUGAUGCCGGCCCAUUUCAAUGCGGUGGUGCUACCGUCUACUCUGCCAUGGUCCACUCGGGCAUUCAACCUAACCAGCGAGUGGGUGUCUUGGGUCUGGGUGGUCUGGGUCACUUGGCUGUGCAAUACCUUGCGAAGAUGGGCUGUGAUGUGGUUGUGUUCAGCGGUACCAAUAGCAAGCGCGAGCAAGCUAUGCAGCUUGGUGCUCAUGAGUUUGUGGCAUCAAAGGAGAAUCCGAAGUUCGAAAACGUAAAGCCGAUCCGCCACUUGCUAGUGACUACAAGCUUCCAGCCUGACUGGCCGCUCUACUUCAAUAUUAUGGAACCGAACGGCCACAUUGUGCCACUCACCCUUCGAUGA